AUGGUAUCAUUGGUUUUAAGCUUCGCUGCUUUGAGCAUCGCAAGCCCAUAUCCUCACCCAGUCCCGGAGACUGCCGAGAAUAUUGAAAGAGGCUUGGUGUAUAACCCUAGAAGCUCGGGACAUCGAGCGAACUCGAACAAUGUGAUCAUUAUCACCAAGACAAAAGAGGAGCAAUUGACGGAAGUUUCACGAGGACGCGAAAUUCAGCUCACAAAGCUGGUUCAAGAGCGACUUGUCAUCAUUGAUCAAACACAAAUUGCUCGAGAUAACGUUAGGAGAAAUCAUUUCAGAAAUUUGAACUCGCAGCGGAACACUAUUAUCAUCGUUGUCACUCAAAUUGUCGAUGCUCGGGACACAUCAAGCGAAAACAUUAGAUAUAUGACACAUCAAGUUCAGGCAGAUAACCAAGCCCGUGAUACUCAAUUUGUUAUGGUGCAUCAAGCUCAACAAAUGACUAUCAAUGGUGCAUCCCAAACAGGGUCUUUACCUCAAGGCACUGGCUUUCCGGCUUCCUCUUCCGUUGAGACGUAUGAUCCCAAUGCUGCACCAUCGGUAUCAAACGUUAGCCAAAUCUUACCGGUAAACGCAGCAGCUCCAAGUUUUGCCGCUGUAAACCAGUUCAAAGAUCCAGCGAUGAUCAUCGAGGAGAACCAGAUGGCGGUUGUGAAUUUUGUGAGUGCCAGGGGAAACUGA